CGCGAGGCGGAGAGGGGCGUUCAAGACCGGAGUUCGACAACAACAGAAGACCACUCGGCUGUCGUGAAAUUGGGGCGUGGGCGUGUUGUCCUCGCCGGCGCUUUAGCUGCAUGGACACUCCUGGGCGUGAGGAUGUCUCGGUGCUCUGCGUGUGAGCGUCGUCACCGACGGGGAAACGCCGACCGCGCGUUUAUCGUCCACCCGCCCGAGAGCUUGACACGCGAACGCACCACCUUCGAAAACUACCCUGCGCUUUUUUGUCACAUCUAUGGCUUUGAGGAGGAGGACGAAAUAAAGACCAGAUGCGCUGAUCGCACCCGGCCGCAGUCAGAUAUGGCAGUGAGCAUAUCGGAGCCACUCUGUCAGCCUUGCAUCUACCACGAAGGCUUUAAAGUGGAGCUACAGGUGAGGAGACCCCUGACGCCCGUCCGGCUGAGCCCCGAGCAGGUGGGCCUGGAGAUGCUGUGUCUCUGUGGACAGCUGGACCUCUGCAUCAGAGCACAGAUGCAGCAGUUCCAGGAGCAAUUAGGACAAGGCUGUAGCCCAGAGGAGUCAGACACUUUCCAGGCUCAAGGAUCAGAGAUUCUUGACCAGAUGCUACAGUGCCUUGAACAUCUACCAAAGCCUAUGCCACAACUGGAGGAUUAUCUGGACACGGUGGGUCUGUCGGCCAUGUUUCCUCGUGUAGAGGUGUUCCUUAUUCAAGGCAGUCCUGUCGACAUGCUGGAGAGGCCACAGAUGGACGAAUACUUCCUCCAUAUUGCCAAACUGAACCAGCUGCUAGUGCUGAGUCAGCAGCUGGAAGAAGACAUCAGACACCUCGGAAGUCAUAAGUACAUUGCCCACCAGCUGUCAGUUAUAUAUCAAGUCAUUAGCUCCUUCAAGGGAAUUCAGGUCUUUUCGGAAAUAAAAAAGGAAAUUGAGGCUAACUUCAAACAGAUUAAGCAUUCUCUGGUGGCCGAGGAAGGUCAGAGGCACGAACCUCAGCUGGCUGCCCAACAUAUCAACUGGAUAUUACACAUAACUAAAAGCUUAACGUCAGUGGUUUUGUCGCUGCCAGAGGAGCUGACAGAGGACCUCCACCCUGCCAUCAGCUUCGUGUCUCAGUUCCUAUCCUGACCCUGCCAACAAAGGCCCUGCUUCUCCUGGACACACCUACUUCCCAAUGAACUGAUAAUAAUAUGACUGUGAAAAGGUGCUACACAUUUUGAUUCAACUGAAUACUGAUGAAUGGGGGUCAUGGACAAGUUUAUUUACACUUCCUGAUACUAUGUUUUUUCCCCCCCCUUUUUGUUGUUAGAUGAUGAUUGAAUGUUAGCGUGUGGAAUCCCUCCUUGCACUACUGUUAAAACAGAUUUUUUUUUAAGAUUAAUGGGGAAUAAUAAUAAAGGGGAUGCUA